CCGAGUGGGUGAAGCUAAGAACGAAGCAGCGGGAGGCGAUUAUCUCCCGCCAUGGCGAAUGCUGCCGUAGCCACUGUCGAUACCGCCGUUGGGGAAGAUGCGAUGAAUGUCGCUAUGGCUGCCAUGCCUACCGUGCUUGGUAAGUUGGGAACCACGUCGCUAUCCCCCUGGGCUGUUCAGGUGUUCAUCCCGGCUACAGCUCUGAUCGGGAUGGCGUUUGCCAUUUUUCAAUGGUACGUGGUUUCGAAGAUUCCKGUUCGAUCGGCCGCAGUUGGUGACGACUAUUAUUUGGCAGAUGAGGGUGGGCUAGAGGAUGCCAGCGUGAUUGCGAAGGUGGCGGACAUUCAGGAGGCSAUCUCYCUUGGMGCAGUGUCGUUCUUGACGACGGAGUAYUGGUACUUGACCAUCUUCAUGACACUGUUUACUGGUAUCAUYUUCGUCUUCCUUGGAUCCGUCGACGGCUUCGGGAGGGAGUGGAAACCUUGCGAUGCCAAGGUUCCCACUGGGAAGAUGUGUGCGCCAGGCACUGCCGUCGCAUUCUUCAGCGCCGUGGCYUUCGCUCUSGGGGCACUGACUUCCACCCUGUCCGGCUUCCUGGGCAUGAAGAUCGCAACUUACGCGAAUGCCAGGACGGCMCUGCAGGCGAGGAAGGGCAUCGGCGCGGCCUUCGCGGCKGCCUUCAGAUCYGGCGCKGUGAUGGGCUUUCUGCUGACGGCAAACGGCCUGUUGGUGCUGUUCCUGGCGAUUCUUGGGUUCAAAAAGUACUUCGGCGACGACUGGGUUGGACUGUACGAGUCGAUCGCGGGAUACGGGCUUGGCGGAUCGUCCGUUGCUCUGUUUGGCCGUGUGGGAGGUGGCAUUUACACGAAGGCUGCUGACGUCGGGGCUGAUCUCGUCGGCAAAGUGGAGCGCAACAUUCCCGAGGACGAUCCUAGGAACCCUGCCGUGAUUGCUGAUAACGUGGGUGACAAUGUGGGCGACAUUGCAGGCAUGGGCUCUGACUUGUUUGGGUCUUUUGCCGAAUCCACGUGCGCGGCGUUGGUCAUCUCCUCGUUGUCCUCCAUGGGCACGGACUUGGAUUUCACGGCGAUGAGCUUUCCUCUGCURAUCACGGCUUCGGGCAUCGUUGUCUGCCUCUUGACGACCCUCGUGGCCACCGACAUUCAGGUCGUUGAAAACAUCAAGGACAUUGAGCCGAGUCUGAAGAGGCAGCUUCUCAUCUCGUCGGUGCUGAUGACGCCCACGAUCUUUGCGGUGUCUUAUCUGUGCCUUCCUGCGCAGUUCAGCAUCAUCGUUGCCGGGCACGAGGACAAGGUGGUGAAGAACUGGUACAUGUUCUUCUGCGUGGCGGCCGGUUUGUGGGCGGGACUGAUCAUCGGGUACAUCACGGAGUACUUCACCAGCCAUCAGUACUCGCCAGUGCGCGACGUGGCGGAUGCGUGCAGGACGGGAGCGGCAACCAACAUCAUCUUCGGUCUGGCUCUGGGUUACAAGUCUGUGAUCAUCCCUGUGUUUGCCAUCGCCGGAGCCGUCUACCUCUCCUACAGCCUGGCGGCCAUGUACGGCAUUGCGUGCGCAGCACUUGGAAUGCUCAGCACCCUGUCCACCUGCCUCGCUAUCGACGCCUACGGGCCCAUCAGCGACAAUGCCGGUGGGAUCGCCGAGAUGGCAGAGAUGGGCCCAGCUAUCCGUGAGAAGACGGACGCGCUGGAUUCGGCUGGGAACACGACUGCUGCUAUCGGCAAGGGCUUCGCGAUCGGGUCGGCUGCGCUGGUGUCGCUCGCUCUGUUUGGCGCCUAUGUGAAUCGCGCCGGCAUCUCGGAGGUGAACGUGAUCGCGCCGAAGGAGUUCGUGGGUCUGCUCGUAGGGGCCAUGCUGCCGUACUGGUUCUCGGCGAUGACGAUGAAGAGUGUGGGCAAGGCUGCUCUGGCCAUGGUGGAGGAGGUGAGGCGGCAGUUCAACACCAUUGCGGGCCUGAUGGAGGGAACGGUGAAGCCGGACUACAAGAARUGCGUGAUGAUCUCCACGGACGCGUCGCUCAGGGAGAUGAUCGCGCCWGGCUGYUUGGUGAUGCUCACACCCAUCAUCGCAGGUUACCUGUUCGGCGUGUACACSCUAGCAGGUGUUCUUGCSGGCGCCCUGGUUUCCGGAGUGCAGAUGGCCAUCUCCGCCUCCAACACCGGCGGAGCGUGGGACAACGCMAAGAAGUUCAUCGAGGCAGGCAACACGGMGCAAGCUCGCGCKCUCGGGCCGAAGGGCUCCKCRUGCCACAUGGCAGCCGUCAUCGGAGACACCGUGGGCGAUCCCCUCAAGGACACGUCGGGCCCAUCUCUCAACAUCCUCAUCAAGCUCAUGGCAGUCGAGUCUCUUGUCUUCGCACCAUUCUUUAAGGAGCAUGGUGGCGUCCUUUUCGGUGGCAACAGUUAGAGCGGGGUGAAUCACCCUGGAAAUUUUGCCGUGUAGGAGCGUUUGUUUCCUUUUUAGCUAGGGCACGGAAUUGGCCAGGCAAUCGAAAGUUCCUCCUUGUCUCUCCCCCCCCCCCCCCCCCAAAAAAAAAAAAAAAAAAAAAUCGCUAGCGAUAUGACGAAGCUUGGAAGUAGUUGGUCUUACGUUCGCAACAAGGGCGCCCCAAGAUCGUCGGCGCGGGGAAAGGCGCGGUUUAUAUCUUCCUUUAUCGAAAGGAUAUGAGAUCAAGAUCGUCGGCGAGGUGCAAGGCGCUGUUUAUAUCUUCCUUUAUUGAGAGGAUAUGAGUUCAGACGGGAGGAAGUCUGUUAGCUAACGACUAGUUUCUGGCUGUUCAUUCGGUGAUUCCCUCUUGCGAGUUGUAGGUCUCUCCCUUCCGGAAUACCGUUGCUGUUGAAAUUUCGCUGUGCUCUCGUUGUUUUUCCUUAAUUGGUUGCUUGACGUAAGAGGAAGCGUAGCUGCCCUCGUUGUUUUUGCUUAAUUUGUUGUUUGACGUAAGAGGAAGAGGAAGAGUUGUCCUUACGGGAGGGUUGCAUGGCGGAAAGUACGUGUAAACAUAUAUAUAUAUAUAUCGUCACAAACAGAACUGCCCGGUAAACCGUUGGCAGAGAGAGAGAAGAGGACAACAAACGAGGGGCUGUGAC